AUGUCAGAACGUGAAUGUACAUCUGUCAAGGUUGCUAUCAGGGUUCGACCCUUACUUGAGAGGGAGAGGAUAAAAAGAUGUAAAGAAUGUCUGAUAGUACUUCCAAAUAAAAGCCAGUUGGCACUAGGCAAAGACCAAAACUUCACUUUCGACCAUGUGUUCGAGGAAUCCAUCAGUCAGGACAAUUUAUAUUGCGAGACUGUAAAACCCCUGGUCCUGUCAUGUCUGGAUGGUUAUAAUGCCACUGUUUUUGCUUAUGGACAGACAGGGAGCGGAAAGACCUACACAAUAGAAGGUGUUGAUUCAGAUCCAGAUCUACAGGGUAUUAUUCCUCGUGCAGCUGCAGAUUUCUUCAAUCUUAUUGAUACAUCUGAUAGUGAUAAGGACACCUUUGUGCUAAAAGUGUCAUAUCUUGAGAUAUAUUUGGACGAAGUGAGGGAUCUUCUGUCGAACACUGCAGAGGAGAUUCACAUCAGGGAGGAUGAUAGAGGGAACACAGUUAUUCAAGGUUUGAAAGAGGUGCCCGUUACAAGUAGUGACGAGUUGCAAAAGAUAAUGAGGUAUGGAAUGGCAGUUAGAACAACCGGAGCUACUCAAAUGAACGAGCAGUCGUCACGUUCACAUGCCAUUCUUACCAUUCACAUCAACAAGCAGUCUCCAAAGUCUGUGAGGAACAUUGAGGUAACAUCAGCAAAGUUUCACUUCGUUGAUCUGGCUGGUUCAGAGCGGGCACACCGAACAGGAAACAUUGGCGAGCGCUUCAAAGAGUCCGUUCACAUCAACAGUGGACUGCUAGCACUUGGAAACGUCAUAAGCGCUCUCAGUGACUCGAAACGGAAAUCAGGUCACGUACCUUACAGGGCCUCUAAGAUAACAAGGCUUUUGAAGGACUCUCUGGGAGGGAACAGCAGGACCCUCAUGAUAACAUGCGUGUCACCGUCCAGUGACUCCUUCGAGGAGACGCUCAACGCACUUAAAUACGCUAAACGCGCCAGAGACAUUCAGAACAGACCUAUUGUAAACAAGGAUGUGAUCGAGUUGGAAAUGCAGAGAAUGGAAUCAGAGAUAUUGCAGUUGAGACAGCAGUUAAAGACACGGGAGAAUAGUUCUUCUGAGGUGUCUGGAAGUGAUAUUGAGAGUCUUCAGGAGGAGAAAUCACAUUUGGAGAGUGAGCAACUAUUUAUCCAGCUCGACUCAUACAAACAAUUCGUGAGAUCAUGUCGAUCAGACGUGGAACGGUGCAUAUCCAAGAAAUCCACCGCUGGUCUAGCCAAACUUCUGGAAAAGAUCAAAUCACGUGAUACAAAACAGGGUGGAAGUUCCAGUGAUAUUUCAGAUGGUGUGUUUGAUGAGGAUAGUGAUGUGGUGUCACAGCUGCGGGGCGAACUUAAGAAGUGUAGGGAGGAUUUGUUGAAUGAUGAGAAGAUAUUUGCUGAUCAGCAGUUAGACUUUGAGCAGGUAAAAUCAGAGUUAAAUGAGAAGAUGUCACGCUACGAGGAUGAAAUACACAGCCUAAAAAUAGAGAUCGACAAAAUGAGAGAAGGAGUUGACGAGAAUCUGAACACAACUCUCAAAAAGAAAAGCAUCAAGAUCACCCGGACCAAACCGUGCACAUUUGAAGAAAUCGAAGAAAUAAUGAGAAAGAAAACUUUCGUAAUCUUCGAGAAAAACAUCAAGAAUUGCUUGGAAAAUACAAAACCAAGAGCUAAAUCAGAGAUGUUGGAGACGUUCACAGUUCCCCAACCCAGCAAAUGUACGAUCAAAGACCACUGUAACUUGGAAAGUAGGAUGGAAGAUUUGGUUAAAAAGAAUGAGAGUUUGGCUAACGAAGUGAAUCAGAUGAAAGACACUACUGUGAAUGUGCACGAAACAAAGAAGCAUUUGGAGAAGAAUAUUUCAACGAUUAGGAAGCAGAAGAGUGACUUAGAAAAACGAUUGAAAGAUGCAGAGAAAGACUUAUCAAAGCUGCAAGCUAAAAACAAAAAAGAAAAGUUGGUAUCCCUCGGCAGGGAUAAAAUGGGGAAGAGGAUGUCGGAAACGGCUGUAAAUACCUCCCAGUCUUCAUUUGUUCCACCUCACAAUAAGGAUGAUAAGGAAAUCGAAGAAACACUAGAAAAGAUAAUGGAAGAAAGACAACGACUCCGUGUCAGGGAGGAAGAGAUUAAGCUAAGAGAACAGGCGCUGAAAGAAAAGGAGGCUAUAGAGAGUGAAAUCAAGAAGUUGAGGAGUAAAGAAGUUAGAGCUAGUCAGGUUGUUUCAAAGGAUUUACUACGGAUGUCAAUGAAAUUGGACAAGUUAGAUACUGAGAUAGCAAACAAAUCCUUGUGUUUAAGUAGGACGCAAACACUUUCUAAAUCAGUUGGAUUAGAGGCAGAGAUAAGGGAUCUUCAGAGGAAGAGAGCUGAAAUUACUGGAAAAGUUGAGUCUCUCAAUAAGAAAGUUAACCUGGGUGAGUUAUUGACGAGCGAGGAGAGCACAGAGUACCGAGAUCUCAAUGAAGCACUAGAGAUAACGGAGGCUGCAAUAGAGUACCGCUCUAAUGCAGAUACAGAGAAUGGUGGUCCUGAUACUGCCUCUCGGCUACCUUCCACACAAGCAGUAACAGAUACACUGUUCAACAAACUGAUAAUAACACGCGAGGAGAACAACACCGUGUUACAACAGAACCAACUGCUGAAGAUAGAACUGGAGAACAGAACUUCAGAACUCAACUCCCUUAAUAAAACUCUUCUUUCAACAUCUCUCGUAGCAGAGACACCACAACCCCCCACCACACCCAACCCAGUCAUGGCCCAAAUGGAACGUGACGUGGCUUACUACAAACAGCUGGUCAAGGACCUGAAGGCCAAGUUGCGCGGCACCAGCCCACGUGACAACACCGGAGCUAGCGCGGGAACUGACACGCUGAGUGGGGGAGUUCUGACUCCCGUCAGGAAGAGUAAGAGGGAACUGAGACCGAUCACGGCGGAGGAGGCGUUCCAUAGGUCGGGGACUGGGUUUAACACCAGUGGGGUUAAUAGUUCAGUACCUUGAACAUGGGGACUAGUGAUUGGUUACAUGUUUUUAUCACGUCACGACAUUCUAUGACGUGACAGAGGCUGAAAGCCUGGUUGGUUUAUCUUUUCACGUGCGCGUGCACAGAUGUUGUGAUUUGAUUUGAUGAUUUUUAUCACGCUAUUGAUUGGCGCAUGAAGUUAUGUCUUAGAUACGGGUUGAGGAUAUGGGAGGGUUUUGAAACAGGGUUCUUGGUAAGGUUUUGGUAAUUGUGUCGGAAUUUUCAUUAGUGUAUGUAAAGUGUUAACUGUAUGUAAAGAGCUCGGCAUAAUUUCAUGGCGGUUUUUACUGUGAUAUACAUAAUUACGUAUUAUCAUAUUUUCAAAUUUUGACUGACUCCUAAGAUGUCUGCAUGUUAAACUUAUUGAUAACUGCUACACUAUACUUGAAUAUGAGCUUUGACUGAACCUUAUGACCGAACCUGAUAAUAUAAUUCUAAAAUGUAUUUUGACGCUUUGAACAGAGAUGCUGGAUUUUUUGCAUGCUUUAUUUGUAAAUUUAAAAUUAUUUGAUUGUAAAAACUGUGUUGAUAUAUUUUUGAUAAAAACAGUAUUAUAUAUAUUAUAUUGUGCGCUGGUUU